UUUGGCUGCAAGACGCGCGAGUCUGAACCCGCGUCUGAGUGGGAGCCAGUUGUUGCUCUUGCAGCCUAAUGAAGUGGACGUUGGCAAGCUUGGGCUUUGCCCAAGGUAUUGUCCUGCAGCAGUCCGGUGGGCACGGCUAUGCGCCUGCCAACGGGGCUCCUUUCCUGGAGCCGGCGGAGCUGGAGAAGCUGCCUGAGCCUCGGGAGGACCUGAUGGCCGCGGAGUACCUGGUCUCCCGGGUGAAUGGCGUGGCGUCUUCUUUCCAGCAGGGCUCCGCUCAUGCCUGCGACGAUGGCCAGCACGCCAGCAAGAACAGGUGCUUGACCCACGAGAAUCGGCAAUGCAUGUGGGUGCGACUGCACAGCCACGACCCCCGGCCGUUGGUGCCGAAGGAGACGGCGUUUUGCAUGCCGUGCCAGCUGGACCAGACGGAGCUGCCCUGCUGGAACUCCGGGGCCUGGCUCGGAGGCUCCCAGGUCGUGGAGUGCGAGAUGUCGUGUUUGCACCAGAAGCGGGUCAUGCAGCCCCAGUACUCCUGCACUGACUUCACCGGCGUCGACAGCCAGACUUCUUGCUUCGGCCGCGGCGACCAGACCAACUCCAAAUGCAUGUUCCUCACCUACCAGGACCAGCACGGCGCGACCAAGUCCUCCUGCGCCCCCUGCGAGCUCCAGGGCGUGGGCAACAUCGACUGCCCAGUUGCGGGCGGCAAAGGUCCUGAGGACAACUCCACGGUGACUGUGUGUGCCAGCCAGUGUGAGGCUCCACGACCGGACGCCCACCUGGCGCUGGCGCCUUCCAGCAGCAAUCCAGGCCUCAGCCGCGUCACCGCCGGGGAGGAGGAGAUGGUGUCAGCCCCGGUGUCUCCGCCACUGCCUCCGGCAGAGGGCGAGACGGCGCUGGCCACACGCGCACAGGUGGCCGGCAUGAUGACCACGACCACGGCUUACGGACUGGCACCGAAGUACUUCCCAAUGGUGGUCUACCAGUCGCCGCAGGAUCAUGCCGUGACCAAGCUGCAACCGCCUUCAGAGCAGCUGCCAUGGCCGGUGGAAUUGCCCAAGUGAGGCCGAGCCGAGAUGGCUGAGCUCCAGCGGUUUGGAA